UCUACAGUUUUUUUGAGUUCUUGGAGAAAGAAAGAAAGAAUGGCGAGCAAGAGAAGCUCUUCGUGCGAUGGUUCGUGGUGGCUGGUGGCUGCAACUCUCCUCUUGUUUCUCGUGCUUCCUGUUAACGGUGAAUCAAGUCCCGAUAGGAAAUCCAGAGCCGGGCACGGUCGUGAACAUGGGUACGGGCAUGAGCAUGGGCACUGGCACAUGCCACUGAUGCCAAUGCGAUCACUUAAUUCUCCAAUCCAGCUACAUGUGUCUGACCAUAAGGUGGUGAUGGAAAAUGGGAAUGUGGAGGUGAUACUCAACAAUCCCCAGGGGCAUGUCAUUGGCAUCAGACACGGCGGAAUCGACAAUUUACUCGAAUUCCAUCACAAAGAGAGCAAACGAGGGUACUUGGAUCUGGUGUGGAAUAGGCCGGGAGAAAAAGACAGAUAUGACCGGGUCGACGGAACGAAAUUUGAGAUCAUAACCCAAACGGAAGACAAUGUGGAGAUAUCGUUCGUCCGAACAUGGGAGAACUCCACCUAUCCUUAUGUGUCACCGCUUAUCAUUGACAAGAGAUACAUAAUGCGCCGGAACGUUUCCGGAUUCUAUGCGUAUGCCAUACUCGACCAUCCGGAAGGUUGGCCUGCUUUUGAGAUGGGCCAGGCUAGGGUUGUCUACAAACUCAAUGGACAAAAGUUUCACUUCAUGGCUAUGUCCGAUGACAUGCAGAGAAUUAUGCCAACGGAACAAGACAGGAGCCGGGGCAAGACCCUUGCUUAUAAAGAAGCCGUUCUGAUUACCGAUCCAUCGAAUCCGGAGCUUCGAGGAGAGGUGGAUGACAAGUACCAGUACUCUGGGGAGACUGAUGAGACUAAGGUGCGCGGGUGGAUAAGCGAUGACCCAAAGAUUGGCUUUUGGAUGAUCACACCAAGCGAUGAGUUCCAUGCAGCUGGCCCGCUGAAGCAAGAGCUCACCAACCACGUCGGCCCCAUCCUUCUCAAUAUGUUCGUGAGCAGGCACUACGCCGGAAGAGACAUAAAUGCAGCAUUCGGGGAAGGGGAAGAGUGGAAGAAGGUGUUUGGACCUUAUAUGGUCUAUCUCAACUCAGCCACUUCUGAGCAUCCCUCUUCCAGAUCGCUCUGGGAAGAUGCAAAGCAUCAGAUGAAAAUCGAGACCGAGAGUUGGCCAUAUGACUUUACUCAAUCGAAAGAUUACCCUCAUUCCAGUGAACGGGGCACUGUUUCGGGUCAACUCUUUGUCCAUGACAGAUACGUGAACGAGAAUGAUAUGCCGGGAGCCUCUGCAUAUGUUGGACUGGCGGCUCCCGGAGAGGUCGGAUCAUGGCAACAGGAAGGCAAAGGCUAUCAGUUCUGGACUAGGGCCAAUGAAGAUGGUCACUUCGUGAUUAAAAACAUCCGAGUCGGCACUUUUAACUUGUACGCUUGGGUGCCGGGAUUUAUCGGAGACUACAAAUACGAAGACAACAUCAUCGUUACAGAAGGAUCCGAAAUAAGAUUGGACGGGAUUGUCUAUGAGCCUCCGAGAUACGGACCCACAAUUUGGGAAAUGGGCAUCCCUGACCGCAAGGCUGGCGAAUUUUACGUGCCAGAUCCAUCCCCGACGCUGGUGAACAAGCUAUUCAUCAAUUCGAAGCCUGACAGGUUCAGGCAGUACGGUCUGUGGUCAAGGUAUUCGGAGAUCUAUCCAGAUGGUGAUCCAGUUUAUACCAUAGGAGCCAGUGACUACACUAAGGACUGGUACUUUGCUCACGUCACGAGAGAUACUGGAAACUCCACGUUCGUGCCGACUACAAGGACUAUAAAUUUUGAGCUUCCACGAGUAUAUCCAUGGGCAAGCUAUAGACUACAGAUUGCGGUGGCUGCAUCCCAGGCAGCUCAGAUACAGGUGCGGUUCAAUGACCCCCGGAGAAGGAGGCCCCAGUUUUCGACAAGGACAGCAGGAUGGGAUGAUGCCAUAGCGAGACACGGGAUCCACGGGCUGUACCGCUUGUACAGCUUCGACGUUCCAUGGUAUUAUCUCCGCCCGGGAACCAACACCCUCUCUCUCACUCAGCCCCGGGCCUGGGGUGCUUUCACGGGGUUGAUGUACGACUACAUUCGCUUCGAAGGCCCUCCCCGAUGAUUUCAAACGACGGAUGCUGCUUUGGAGAACUCUGAUUAUACGAACUUUUUGACAAUUUUUUCAAGAUAUAUGGAAGGCCAUGAGCCUAGUAGAAAAUAGAAAAUAAAAGAGGCACAUGUAAGUCCCAUCCAUGCGAAUAACCUGACAACUUCUUGGUUUCGAGUGAAGAUAUAGCUAUGUAUACGAUUCCUUUCAAUUAUAUUUUUUGAGGAUGAUGAGGUAGCCAUAUAUCAUUGUAACAUUCCGAAAAUUUUAGUAGCUUAAUAUAUUUUGAAUGUAUUCUUAAAACAUUUGCACGUUGA